AUGGCUUCUAUUACUGCUCCCGGUAUCCCACCGGUUACUCUGGAUACGAUUACCCAGCAGAUCGGCAACACACCCCUCGUGCGAUUGAAUCGCUUGCCCCGCAGCCUCGGAAUUGAUGCUACCGUCUACGCCAAAUUGGAGUACUUCAAUGCUGGUGGUAGUGUCAAGGACCGUAUCGCCUUGCGCAUGAUCGAAGAGGCCGAGCGUUCUGGUCGUAUCAAACCGGGUGACACCCUCAUUGAGCCCACCAGUGGCAACACUGGAAUUGGUUUGGCGUUGGUUGGUGCUGUCAAGGGCUACAAAACCAUCAUCACACUUCCGGAGAAGAUGUCCGCUGAGAAAGUCGCCGUCCUGCGUGCCCUGAAUGCCACCAUAAUUCGAACCCCCAACGAGGCCGCAUACGACUCUCCCGAAUCGCACAUCGGUGUCGCCAAACGUCUUCAACAGGAACUGCCCAAUGCCCACAUCUUGGAUCAGUACGAGAACCCGAACAACCCAUUGGCCCACGAGCUUGGCACCGCCGAGGAGAUCUGGACCCAAACCGACGGUAAGAUCAGCGCUAUUGUCGCAGGUGCUGGAACCGGUGGUACUAUCACUGGUCUCGCCCGUGGGCUUAGGAAGCACAACCCAAAUGUCAAGGUGAUUGCCGCCGAUCCCUUCGGAUCUAUCCUGGCACUGCCCGCCAGUUUGAAUGAGGCCCGUGCCAACGAGCCUUAUAAGGUGGAGGGUAUCGGAUAUGAUUUCAUCCCCGAUGUUCUGGAUCGACAGGCCGUGGACCAAUGGAUCAAGACUGAAGACCGAGAGUCUUUCAAAUACUCUCGACGUCUGAUCGCCGAAGAAGGUCUGCUGGUCGGUGGUAGCAGUGGUAGCGCUAUUGCUGCUCUGGUUAAGGCCAACGAGGCCAAGAAAUUCUCCAAGGACGAUGUCGUCGUUGUAGUUCUCCCUGACAGCAUCAGAAGUUAUCUCUCCAAGUUCGCCGACGAUGACUGGCUCGCAGCCAACGAUCUGCUCCCUUCACUCCCGGCCGUUGCCUCGACCACUCAAUCCCACAUGUCCGACGCCGACCCUUUGGCCGAUGCCAAGGUCAGCGCCCUGCGCUUGAAGCCCAUCACUACCGUAACAGCAAACUCCCCUUGCGAGACCGCCAUCGAAGUCAUGCGCGACCGAGGCUUCGAUCAGCUCCCCGUUCUUGCCCCAUCUGGCCGCAAGCUUGUGGGUCUCGUCACUUUGGGCAACGUGCUCAGCCGACUGACGCACGGUCGCGCUUCUGGCCAGAGUCCCGUCUCAGAGGUCAUGUUCGACUUCUCCAAGAUCGCCGAAGUCGUCACCGACCCCCGUGAUCUGACCAAGAUGGAUUCCAAGCCCCUGCCCCGGAGCCGUGGAUUUAUCGAGAUCACUAUGGACACUCCUCUCAGCGUUCUGAACCGCUUCUUCGAAUGGAACAGUGCUGCCGUCGUCACUGAGAAGGACGCGGAUGGAGUGAUGAAGCCCUUGGCUGUCGUUACCAAGGUGGAUUUGCUCUCCUGGAUGUUGAAACGGUCCAAGGAGACCCCCAAGGCCUAA